GCCAAACCCACUGUCAGCCCAGAAUCUUUGGACCGCCCCAUGAUCUGCAUGUGGCUUGGUUUGUCACUUUAAAGUAACUGCCAUAUCACCUUGCAAUCCCACUUGUCAAGUUCACAGAUCAAAGAGCCCUUGCAUUGGCAUACCAUGGCAGCAGAAAAUUCGCCUCACACACUCUUAUCCAUCUUGACAGCUGAACCGUGGAGAUACGAUGAUGAGAAAUGCUUUAUUGAAUUCCGCCCUGAUGGCACAGGCCAGAUAUGGAUGGCGUUCGAAUACACGCCUUACCUAGGUGCGGAUAUCCGAUGGAAGUGCCAAGACCCCGAGUCCCUAAGCAGAAUCAUCGAUAUUCCCAAGACUCGAGGCCUACAGCACCUAGCCCAAUUCAACAUCAACAUGACAAUUGAAAAACAACCAAUUCCGAUUUUCUACUCCGCUGGCCAGCACAAAUUCCACCCCGAGAGAUCCCUCACAGAACCUGCCUUCCAGCCCAAAAAUUUCACUAUCCACCUGGAAAAGGGAAUCUUCCCAGCACCUAUCUGCAUGAUGAAUCCAAAGGAUGAUCUGCAUGCGCGCAAAUAUGCUCUUCGAUUGGUUUUUGAUCAUUCGCCAUACCCUCCGCCUGAGGAAUGGACUGAUGAAAGUAAUCAUUCAGCAUCUGGAGCGAGAGUCUGGGAAUGGACAACACUUGCAAGUCGGGAUUUGGGGCCUUAUCAUACUCCAUGGUUGGAAAGCUGUAUUGUUAUGUAGUGUAUAGCCACUAGUUUUGCACUUGAUGAUAUAAUCAAUCCAAUUUUUACACUUACAGCACCA